CUCACAGCACUCUGGGGUUCAUAACAACUGGAGAACCCAACGCGAUUGCGGCGCCAAAAUGACGACCAAGAAGUGGACAGUAGAGGAGGUAUUCAGAUGGACCCCUAUACGCUUCGCGGAGGAGACUGACUCGUGGGAAUGGAUCGAGAAAAUGCUGCAAGGCGGCAUGUCUCCAAAGGAACUGACUGUCACGAUGAGACGGCUGUCCGUCAGAGAGGCCGCAGCCUCACUGAUGCGGGAUAUCUGCACAGCGGGCCACCUGCAGCUGCUGAGAUUGGCGUUGUCGGUGGACGCGAAGCUGGCGUCGGCGCGUCUGGACGGGUGUGGGUCGACGCCGCUGCACGUGGCGGCAGCCAACAGGCGCGACGCGGCGGUACGGCUGCUGCUGGAGGCGGGCGCCGACUGCGAGGUGAGAGACAGCCGCGGCCGAACGCCCCUCCACGUCGCCGCCGCCAGUGGCAACGUCUACGCCUUCCGGCUGCUGCUGGACGCCGGUGGCGACCCGGAGAGCCAGGACUCUGAAGGAAACACGUCGGUGCACCUCGCCUGCGAAGGUAGCCACACGAGUGUCCUGAUGGCGCUGUACGAAAGGGGCGUGUCUCGCUGUCUGGUAAAGAUACAGCUGCUCUUGGCAGCCGAAAGCUGCAACGUCGAGGGAGUGCGCCUCGCAUUGAAGCAAACUUCCAGCUGGGGAAGCGGGUGGAGCGACUUGCACUGCGUGGCGAUCAAGGGCAGCGGUACGGCAGUGAGGACGCUGCUGGCUGCCGGCGUCGACCCGAACGCCCGCGACGCCAACGGCGACACCCCGCUGCACGCCGUGGCGGCCGCGGGCUGCCCGGGGGCGGCGGAGGCGCUGGUGGAGGCCGGCGCAGACGUGGACGCGGCCGACUCCAGCGGCUCGACGCCGCUGCACUACGCGGUGCGCGCUGGAAACCUGGGGGUGGCGCGCGUGCUGCUGGCCGCGGGCGCCGACGUGGAGGCUCGCGACGCCGAGGGCGACACGCCGCUGCUGCGCGCCGCCGCCAGGGGCUGCGCCGACGCCGUGGCCGCGCUCGUCGCCGCCGGUGCCAGGACCGACGCCGCAGACGCCGCCGGCAGGACUGCCGCCCAGGUGGCCAGGCUGCUCGGCCACAACGGGCUCAUCAGCGCCCUUCUGGACCUCGCACACAACAGCCCCGUGCGAAAAGCAAUACCUCUUGUGGCCAUCCCGCGUUCAGAAGUCCUCGUAGAUACGAUAUGCGAAGCAUCUUAGAAUGACUAACCAAAAGCAAUCUUAAAAUAAUAGCUCUGUAACGCUUGAAUAAACAAUAAAGAAAUCUUCCAUUAAAAUACGUGAUAGGAAUAUUGUGAUGAGAUAAUUUCUCAGUUACAACUAUCAACAUCUCAUCAUAAUCAGCAACUACAAGGCGUGUUCAAUAAUCAAUAUAACACUUUUUUUUCUGAAAGCAGGAUGGUCUCCUUCAGGCUUCCAACUCACCAUAUUAUUCCCAACUCUUUUGCGUACAAAAACCUUGUUUUCACCAUAAUCUCAGUUCAAUGCCACGGACUUACGCCGCCGACCAGCAUGACCCCAUGGUAAUACUCUACUGGUCGAUGGCAGAGCAUGUUUUGCUGCAUCAAUAUCUUCCACAUCAUCCAUGUACUGCUUCCUGCAGAAUCCAUCCUUCAUUGGGCCAAACAGAUGGAUGUCGAGGGUGCGAGCCCCAGGCUGUAGGUGGAUGAGGAAGAACAGCCGAAUGAAAUUUUGUGAAUUCCUCUUGGGUAUGUAAAUUUGUGUGAGACCUUGCGUUUGAAAGUUGUCUACUUAAAUUUAUAUUGGUGACAGUGGAUCCGUAAUGACGAUUGCUUUUUUAACGUUAAAUUGUCUGUUAGAUGAUAAACUUAGGCGUUUUCCUUGAAUGGCGUGAAUAGAGAUCUUAAAGCUGAUAGAUUGCGUAAGUGCUAAAUGUUGGUGACGAACCUCAGCUGCGAGAAUGCAUAGAGAAAUCAACACCACUGUGAGAAUUGGGAGAAACCAUGUCCUGCUUGAGAAAGAAUCUAUUUUCUACACUAUUUGGCUUACCUGGAUCGCACAAGGUAACGCCACACAAACUGCUCUCGAAGCCACAGUGCACCUCGAUGACAGAGCUGCAAAAUGUAACUACUGAGAAACGCAAAGGUGCAAUGCAUUCUCUAAAAACAUUGCUAUCAUUCUUGGUUCAUAAUUUUUGAUAAUGGUUUAAAAUAAAUCAAAAAUUAAUUGAUUCUUAGAAUGCAACAAUGACUUUAGAUUAAAUGAAUUAAUAGCAAUAUCAUAAUAUUUCACUUAAUAACAUUUAAUGAAGCUUCAGUAACGGUUAAACUUUCUCUGAAACCACGUAAUUAUAAUCCAAGAAUUACAAAAAUUUUCGUGGAACAAAAUUCCAAAACCUAAUUCUUAAAUCCAUUUCUCUCACAAUGAUUGACAAAUCCUAACAAAAAAUGAAAAGCGGAAAUAUUCCUGAUCUGGAUGUCUAAAGAACCAAGAAUGCAGCAUUAUCAAACCGCUGCUGCAAAUAAAACUUAAUCAUUACCGGUAAUCCAGUCUUCGCAGUGAGUGUAAUGGUACCAAUGUAAAAAGGAGUUCUUUUUCUCCCACAAUAAAUCUUCCAUUAAUACAUGAUAUAACUUCCAAAAAUCUCCAUUGUUUGCUGCUUACUGCUACUAAACCGAAAUUCGGCUGUUUAAUCAAUUACCGUAACUCUUCUUCUCUCCUCGCGAUCAACAGAUAGCUCUAUUGGCCGUCUUUGCGGAGCAAGGAUCACCCCUUACUCCUCUCUGCUGCGCAGCUCCUCUGCCGAGCCUGCGAGCGCAUGUCUAGACAUUUCAAACCUUACGAGCGCGAUUCCAGACGUCCAAAACAAAAAAAUUCGUAAGAAAAUUUACACACACGUCGUUUACUAUCCCUCGGCCUCUCUGGUCAGAAUUUUGCAGAAUGAGGUUUGUAAUUAACAAACAUUAGACAGCAAAAUUACCUUACAAAGUUAAAACACAGAGAACUUCAGUAGAAUUAAAGAAGUGCUAACUCUAAUAGCAUAGAAAUAUAAGAUGAUUCAUAGCAGUUACAUAUUGUUUUCAAUUGUCGUGCACAGGUUCACUCAUAGUCCUUGACAAAUUGUUUUAAAUCAUUGUGCACAGGCGCAGAAACAGUGGAUUACAAGUUGGUUUAAAUGAUUGUGCACAGGAGCACCAACAGUCCCAUAAACAGCAACGUGUUCAAAGCACCAGUAAGAAAGCAAAAGAGGUAAUAUCACACAUGGUAAUCCAUUGAUUGGUUUACUCUGCACAUAGAAUGUGAGUCCUCUGUUAAGUAAUUUGUUGCGUCACAAAGAUGAAGAUAAAACUUCAGUGAAAUUUCUCACUUUUUUAAACGAUUGUAAAAUCUGUGUUGCCAUUGUGAAAUUACACGUAGUCAGUGAAAAUCGUUGUUAACUUGAGUGUACUCAGUACUGCACUAAAGAAAACUCAUCGACGUCAAUCUUGAAGUAAUCAUGUUUGUCGAAGACUCAAUACAUAAACAUUGUAUACCUUGCAUUAUUGUACUGAUUUAUUUGCGAGUAGAUUUGGAGUAGACUAUGAGGAUGCAGUAUUGGUCCAUGAAUAUUCCACUGACGACUCAGAGCCAAUGUCUCUCACAACAGCACUGUAAAGUUCAAUAGUUUGUCGGAAAAGUAGCUUUAAUCCAGCAGAUACCUGUGAAAUAGUUGCAUAAAUUUAGUUGAAGUGCCCUUUAACAUAUCGUUGUUGUAAAAACAAAACGUCCAUCCGUUGUAUAAGUGUCUUACAGUGCGGAAGAGUAUGCUUAAACAUUUCAUGGAUAUUCUGACUCAGCAUAAUACAUACUAGACAAACAUUGUUACAGAUGAAUAAAUACAUAAGCUAGAACAAAAACUGAAAUGUGUGUGUGUUACCACAUGAUAACGCAAAUACCUAAAGUAAGGUUACAUAAGGGACUGAGUUCGGUGGUGGCAUUCAAGACUGGUCCACAGUACGUAGCUAAAGUUCACAAAUCACCAUAAAGAUUACAUAGUAACAUAUAAACGAAAUUAUUUAUGUCAAUGUUACACAGU